CACCAUGAUUGAAAUGAUGCGAGCAUGGGUCCAGUACAUAGUGGAGUGGUGCGCCAAGGAUCCCUAUGGCUUCCUGACCAGUGUGUUGCUGGCGCUCACGCCCCUCUUCAUCGCUUGUGCGCUGUUGUCGUGGAAACUGGCCAAGCUGAUCGAGGUGCGUGACAAGGAGCAGAAGAGGAGGCAGCGGCGUCAGGAGAACCUGGCUAAGGUGAAGAGGAACUAAUAAGAUGGCUGUGUGGAGGAUGAAGGCCCGCCCACCUGUUGCCUUCACCACCGCUGCAGAUCUUUUAGGGCAAGGAUAGGGCGCGCCUGCACACCACUGGUCGAACAGUGUCGAGACGGACAUUCCCGUCGGACUUUCCUCAGCAAGAGUCUGUUUGACAUUUUUAUACACAGGUUUGCUUGUCAUUGUGUGUAGCAUUUGCCACACAUAACAUUCCUUUUUUAACAUCUUCAUUGUGUUCAAAUGAAAUGAAGCCCUACUGUAAUGAACACAUUUAUUUGUAAUCAAUAAAGUUUUCAUGGUGGCUUUAAAAAAGGUC